UAUGUGCCGCUUUUUCUGAUAACCGCGUGCUAAGGUAGGCGCCGCGGGUUUAAGUCGGAAAGCUGUCGCGGGUCUGUCCGAUGGCGACAGCGCUGUUCUGCAGGGGAUGCUUUUUUUUCUCUUUCUUUCUGAGCGGGCAAGGCACAGACAGUGAGCCACUGCGGUCCCGUCGAUUACGGAUUCUGCACUAGGUACUGUGGAAGAACCCACCGUGGAACCUCGCCGUUUAUCCACGCCCUUUUUUUCUCUUAUCGUCAUCUCCGUCACCCAAAUCGUAAAUCUUUUUUUUCCCGUCCCAAGCUUCAUUCGCGAUACCUUCAACCAACUUCACCACUUCACUCGUGUGCUUGUCGCGUUCACCCUGCCUUCUUGUACAAUACCUUGCUUGUUCUUACGACUUAUCUAUUCUACCUAAUCUCUUCGACUGUACAUCAUGGGUUGGUUCUGGGCCGAUGCUCCUGCGACAACCGUCCACGCGACCUUCGCCUCGUCGCAUCCUCACGGCGCUAUCCCCUCCGGCUCUCCUCCUCCCAGCUGCCCGAUGCACCAAAAGUCUGCCGAUGCGUUAACGACAGCGAAGCCCGCCGCACCCGCUCCUCCCUCCGCCUGCCCAGUCCCUCACGACCAGCGCCACGCAGCAGCAGCUCCUCCUCCUCCCUCAGCGUGCCCCGUCCCCCACGACCAACGACACUCCGCCGCCGCAGCACCGCCAGCAUCAUGCCCGGUACCCCACGACGCACCAAAGCCCGCCGAGUCCAAGGGCUUCCUCCAGCAAAUCAACCCCCUAAACUACAUGUUCAAGGAUAUCUCCCAGGCACCCGCCGAAAACCAGGCAGUCGCGCUGCCGACCGAGAGAGAGCCCUCCACGAUACCCAGGGGCUCCGGCGACGGCAACUGGGAGUACCCUUCCCCUCAGCAGAUGUACAACGCCCUCCUGCGCAAGGGCUACACCGACACCGACAUCACGGCCGUCGAGUCCAUGGUCUCGGUGCACAACUUUUUGAACGAGGGCGCCUGGGCUGAGAUUGUCAGCUGGGAGGAGCGCUUCGGCAAGGGUCUGUACCGGGGCUGGCAGGCGUGCAAGCGCGGCGAGGAGAACUCGGAGGAUAUGGUUGAGAGGCUGAAGGAUGGCAGCGAGACGCCGCCGACGCUGAUCCGGUUCCAGGGGCGACCGAAGGAUAUGACGCCCAAGGCUGUCAUGUGGCAGGUUGCCGGCUGGCUCUACCCAUCAAAGUUUGAAACCGAGCCUCCCUUUGACCGACACGACUGGUUCGUCUCCCGCAAGGUCGGCGGCGUCGAGAAGGAAAUCCGAUACGUCAUCGACUAUUACUCUGGCGAGCCCGAACCCACCGGCGAACCCGUCUUUUACCUCGACGUCCGACCCGCCGUCACGCCCCUCGGUGCUGCGGAGCGGCUUAUUAGAUGGGGAGGCGACGUGUGGUGGCGGGCUUCUGGCGCCGAGGUGCGCGAGCAGGAGCAGCUUGCAAAGCAGGCAGCGCAGAAGUAAAGACAACAAGGGGCGACGAAGAACAACGAAGCGAAGGCGAACGAAAUAAAGUACCGAGAUGAGAGUAGGCAGGUCUACCUGCUUGCGGCGUGUAUAACUUGGGAGGCCCGAUUAUGGUGUUUUCAGCGGGUUUCUACUCGACGGCGGCGUUUUGACACGAUACAAAGGUUCGGUUAUCUGGGACAUCAAAAGAAGAAGAGCAUCCUCUCUUCUUCUUUUCCUCUACUCCCCCACUCCUCAUGUUUUUAAUACUAUGCCUAUAAUGGCCUGUAUAGUACGCCCAGAAAGCGGCAUGUAUUAAACUUCCUUUAUUCAAUGUCGAGACGAAACGA